AUGAAAUAAAACUUAACGAUAGUGAGCAAGGUCCUUUCGUUGAAAAUAACGACGAUCAAGAAAAAGAGGUUCUAGAAAAUGAAAUAGAAGCUGAAAAUUCGGAAGUUCUUGAGGGAAAACUUUUGGAAGAAGCGGUUCAAACAUUAAUAAAAUAUUUGACAGAUCGUCGUCAAAAAUUAUUUAAAGUUCUUAAUUAUAACCAAGGCUCCCAAUCAUUUCAAACUAAUUUAGUAAAUGGUGAUUUGGAUCACUUUUUGAAACUGGCAGAAUUGGUAGACACAACUCUUUUAAAAUCUUAUAUGGUCAUCAAUGAUGCGUUGGUUGGUCCACUUCUUCGUGUAAAUAAUUAUUGUAAUGUCGAGGAAGUAGAAGGUCUGUUAUUAGAACGUAAGAAAUUCAGAGAAUUAAAAGACUUGUAUCAUGGAAAGGGCUUACAUCGAAAAUCACUGGAACUUUUAAAGAACCUUGGACAAUCUUCAGAAGGUCCUAUGACUGGCACCUUUCAUACUAUAUACUACCUUCAACGACUUGGAUCAGAAAAUUUCGACUUAUUGUUAGAAUUCGCAACAUGGGUAUUACAAACCAAUCCUGAUGAAGGGAUGGAAAUUUUUAUUGAUGAUCAUCCGGAGGUCGAGAAUCUUCCAAGAGAUAAAGUAUUGAAUUAUCUCGAAGAUAUUUCGUAUGAUUUGUGUAUAAAAUAUUUGGAACAUAUCAUAUAUGAACUUAAAGAUCGAACUCCAGAUUAUCAUAAUAAAUUGGUUUUCAUUUAUCUGGCCAAGAUUCAAAAUUUAGAAUCGCAAAAGCAAAAAUCGAAUUCUGAAGAGAUCAUAGGUUCUUUAGUGAAGGAGAUUGAAGAUACGAAUAAUAGUUUGUUAAAAUUUUUGGAUGAUUCAAAUUUUUAUAAAGCAGAAAAGAUACUAGGACGAUUACCUUUAGAUGAUUUUUAUGAAGCCCGCGCAAUCCUUCUGAGUCGUAUUGGCCAACAUGAUCAAGCUUUAAACAUUUAUGUACACAAGUUAAAGAGUGAAAAAAUGGCAGAGAAAUAUUGUAUCAAGAAUUACAUUGAAACUGACGAUCCUACAAAAAAUGUAUUCAUAUCACUAUUGAAAAUAUAUCUACGACCAAGUAAUGGUGAAAAAAUAAUGCUAGACCCAGCUAUACGGUUAUUAUCGCGGCACGGUUCAUAUGUUAAUGCUUCCGAUGCUUUGAACAUGCUUCCGCACACAACAAAAAAUUUAUUGUUGGCUGAUAAGCGUCAGGUUGAAGAACAAUUGAUGUUUUAUCGAUCUCGGAGGGUUAAAAUUGAUGAGGAUAAGAUGUGUCCACAAUGUACACGUCGUAUUGGACACAGUCUAAGUGAUUCAUCAAGGAAGUUGUUGACGCGAAUUCAACCUUCGGAUGAUACGUUAGAUGAGCUUUUGUAA